AGGUCCAUUGUUAAAAGUUCAGCAUGCGACAGAAUGGCUGUUUGACACAGUCCACAAGUCCAACGUACAUCAGGGUUGGAGGAGGUUUCUGUUAUAAUGUUUGUAUCGUAAACACUUUAAUAUAAACAACAGCUUCUCCGAGGACAUUAAAACCGGGCGGUCAGCUCCAACAUUGUGGCAGGGCUGAAUAAUUUAAGCUAAAAUGACCAGCGGCCAAGAAAACGCUAGCUUCCAAUAGCCCGUUAGCUAUACCGUUAAAUAUGAACUUAACGAUAUCACACACGCAGACGUUUGUGACAGCUGGCAACUCUAAAAGAGGACACGGCUCGUGUACACAAUUCAUCUAAACUUUAUUUACCGGUGACGCAAAACGUACCAUUACUUUGUUCCAUAUUUUAGAUUUGACUCGUUCGCACUGGGUCGAUUACUUCCGUGUAACGUCACGCACCAACUAGCAAAUCAAACGGCGUACAUUUCGCCUAAGUCCCGCCUCUCCGUCAAUGGCACCAAUGGGCUGCCGGUACGCAGUAUGCUACAUUCACCACCACCACAGACGCCUCGAAAUGUUUGAAAGAAAACUGGCAUAUACUUGAUAAUUCUAUUCCUGAAUGUCUCUUGACUUUUAACUAAGAUGACAACAAUCUCUACUAACACCUUACAUGAUAUUAUCAAAUAAUCGUCCAAAAAUCUUCAUAUAUUUAUUUAUUUUUCAACGAAUUAGUACCGCAAUUUCUCUGAAUGGCCGAUAAAUGUAAAUAAAUGUAAUUGUAAUUUUUGCUAAUUAUCUUUGUUUUUUAAGUAAGUGGCACUCCCCUCUUUGUUAUAUUUAGUCAACAUACCACGACUUGGUGUCUCACAGGUAGUUAAAAUAAAACCAAAUAGAUAAACACAAACUCCUCCCCCUGGUGCCUUGUAUCCAAUAAUCACGCUCAAAGGGCGUGGAUAAGUCAUGUUUACGUCUGUCUUGUUGCAAAGUGGGGCAGAGUGUAAACUCCACCUGUCACACAGUCCGUUACAGAGACACACGGGCAAUCAAAGGAGCCACUGCGGGACCGUGUACAGGAUGACGACUGUGAGGUAAGAGCACAGCUGAGGCUGCAAUGGAGACGUUCACGCUGCACUGAGGUUCACUGAGGUUCACUGAGCUUACUGGCUGUACCAUGAGAUGCUGGCAUCUAGAAUAACUUGCUUCUGGUGUGUUUUGAAUAGAAAGUUUGGGCCAGACAGUGAGCAGUGGUGGAAUCUUUCAGUAAUGUAAUAUUCAAAACGUGCAAACAGUUGCUGUCGCUGUCCCGGUCAGAACAGUGACAAAGUUACAGUCGUUGAGGUCUUGGUUUUCCAGAUGAUGCGUUUGCAGUAUGUAGGUUAAAGCCCAAUUAAAGUGAGACCAGCUUCGGGCUAACUAAUCUAAAUGAUGUCAGCUCCAUCUCCUUCACCGUCCCCGGCUGCUCAGAGGCAUACAGGGUAAAAAACCGAGCUCAAUAAGUAUUAUGCUUGAGUCAAUCUGUAGGAACACAAAAGCUUUGCUGCCAAUUUAGUUUUAGUCACUGAAGUUCAUUCAAUUAGUUCACAUACAUUUGUCCUGUUUAUUCUUAGACUGACAUUAAUCACUGUGUCACACUUUGAUUUACACUUUGCCUAAAGUUCCCUCAAAAGAAGUGAAAGCACUUUCAUUGUAAAUGUUUCUUAGGUGCUAAAUUGCCACAUAAAUAUGGAGGGGCAGUGAAUAUUUUGCACGAGGAAAAUCAGAAGAGGCCGUUUUUGAUUGGAAUGUGAAAAGCACAGAGUUUGCUCUUAAAGGUUAAAGGUUUUAAGGACAGUACAUGUUAAACUGAGAAAAGCCCAGAGUACAUUCUAUUUGACCACAGAAGUUACCAUCUUCAAACUUAGAAAGAUUUAGGCUACGUCUUCUUUGGCUGAUUCGGUUGGAUGACAAAUGCCAAAAAGCUCUCUUUAAUUUGAGAUAGGGCGUUAUUUCUGUCGCUCUUCCUUGAACGCGGCCCUCUAGGUUUCAAAAAUGUGUCAGUAGAUAUGUACUUAAAUGUGUCCAAAAAUAACCUGACCUCAGCAAACAAAUGAACUGUGAACCAGGAGUUCAACACCGUCCUCACUUGAAAUAAGAACCAGUAAAGGGCCGACUGCCCACACGCCAGCUGCUGGUAAAGGUGCCGCGUCUGCAGCCACAGAGCCGCCGCCGCGCUGAGAGGAGGCCGGAACUGCCGCGCUCGGCAUUUGGCCGGCAGCGAGACGGGGAUCCACGCGCUGGACGAUCGGACAACGACACAGCCAACGUUCCUGGACCAUGGCCACGUCUCUCGACUUCCAACUUCCUGCUGCUUGUGUCAACCAGAUCAGCGAGGCAGAGUCAGAGGCGGAUCACCUGCAGAGUCCUCGCGCGGCGUCCGAGGCGCUCGCCUCGCCCAACGCAGAUCCGGUGACCGGCGAGUCUUUCUGCCGGUGUGACCGGCGAGAGGAGCCCAGCGGCGGCGACUGCCUCUGCGGGGAGGAGGACGAGGGCUUUGACUGGGAGUGGGACGAGCACUUCAAGUCUUCGGGGGCCCUCCUCAGCUGUGGCAACAGGAAGGUGGGCUUUCACUCGGACUACAGCUGCGGCACGGCGGCCAUCCGCGGCACCAAGGAGCUCGCGGACGGCCAGCACUUCUGGGAGGUCAAGAUGACCUCGCCCGUCUACGGAACCGACAUGAUGGUGGGAAUUGGAACUGCGGAGGUGAACAUGGACAAGUUCAAUUUCAACUUUGGCAGCCUCCUGGGCCACGAUGAAGACAGCUGGGGACUCUCCUACACAGGACUUCUCCAGCACAAAGGGGACAAAGUGAAGUUCUUGUCCCGGUUUGGCCAGGGCUCCAUCAUAGGAGUGCACCUGGACACCUGGCACGGCACCCUGACCUUCUACAAGAAUCGGCGCUGCAUAGGCGUCGCUGCGACGAAGCUGCAGAACAAGAAGUUCUACCCCAUGGUGUGCUCCACAGCGGCUAGGAGCAGCAUGAAGGUGAUCCGGGCCUGCUGGACACCCACCUCGCUGCAGUACCUUUGCUGCGCCCGCCUCCGCCAAACGCUGCCCCGCCGCUGCCCCGACCCGCUGGCCGCCGCUGAGCUGCCCCCGGGCCUCCACGCGUUCCUCCACGUGCGGCUCGGCUGGGUCUUCUCCCUCAGCGGCGGCCCAGGCGACCCGGAGCGGCGCGAGGACCCGCCCGCCGGUCCCCACCGGGAGACCAGCUCGCCCUGUGGCCCCCGCCGAGGCUCCUCUGCCCCGAGCGCCUUUCUUGACGCGGCCCCCUGUCGAAUGUCACCUCAAACUACACCGCGCCCUCCGAGCGGCGAGUACGACAGCUGCGGCUCUGAGCCGGAGGACUACCAGAGCAAAAGGUGCCGCUGGGCGUGACCCGGAAGGUCAAUAAGCGUUUGGCAGCGAUUAAUUAAUUACCAUGUGAAUUAAGAUUAAUUAAUUACACAAAAAAUAACACAUUAAACAUUUUUUACGCAUUUUUACCCUUAUUUUUUGCACCGCGGAACGUUUCUCACUGGAUGAGUUUCGGAGGACCGAUUAUACUGGAGCACCAACUAGCGUUCAUGACUUCAGACAACAUUAAACCACAGUGAACAUGAACGAAGAAGCUGACGAGACCGUGUCGGUUGGCCCCGUGAAUGGGAAAUCUUAUUAUAAUAAACAAACGGAUGGAAGGGUCGAUAAGAGCGUGGUUGUGUGCAAGCUACGCAACAAGGAAUUCACAUCGAGCCUCAGGUAUCACCUCAACGCAAAACAAUCAGCAGCUAGCGUGGACGUUAGCCCGACGACGUAAGUCCACGUCUGAAAAAAUAACCAAUGUUCUGAAUGUACUUGAAAGUAUUGGUCUACUUAAAAAAACAUAGUUUACAGAAGGUCUACUUACCUAUAGGCUACCUGAAUUUCUGAAAGUACUAUAUUUCUAAAUAUGCCAUUUCUACACUUGUCUGCUGGAAUUGGUUGAACAAAAAUAAAUGAAAUGAAUUACUUCUCACUG